UGAUGAUGUUAAUCCACCUCCAAAACCUUUUCCAGACGAAUUUGUAGAAAAAUUACAGUUACGUCAAGCGCCUUAUGAAAUCCCGCAAAUAUAUCAAGGGGUUCGGCUCUUGGUGUAUUGUAUGUUGGCAAAAGGAAUCGAACCAAGUCGAAGUAUCACAUUAUCAGCUAUCUCGCAAGAUGGUCCAAUGAAGCUUGUGAUACCGGUUGAUUCGGUGACACUGCAAGGGUCGAAAAUCCACACCUUGGCUGCUAGAAAACUUAUCCAAGAUUUGGAAGAUGGAAAGUCGUUCUUGCAUGCACAUCCUAAGUUUGAAGGAAAAAACAUUGGCAUAUCCCUAGUGAAAAAGCAUAUUAUUGAUUUGGCUAUCAAAUAUAAUAUUGCUUCUCGAUAUACAAGUUUUUUAGCAAUUGAUAAACGAGAAGUUAAGUUGGUUAAAGAUCCACUUAUACUACAACGAAGAGUAGUACCUCAGCCAUCCACGAAUAGUCUUUUUGGUUCUUCAACUACAUUUAAUAGAAAUCAA